AUGGAUUCUUCACUGCAUGAGAUCUGGCAGACUGCACCAGGCAGUCCGUUCCUCCCCACCGUCGGAAAGGGCAGCCAAUUCCUCGUCGGUUUCGCCUUGCUGCUACUUGGUCUCUCUCUCACUGGUGCCUUCGCCUUCAACCGAUCUCUCGUUACCCUUCCGGCCCUCGGCAUCCCAGCGUCGCUAGCAAUAGCGUUCGGCACCGUCUACAUGUUCUGCGCGGUCGGAGUCUACGUCUAG